AUGUUCACGCCUAUCGAGACUACCAUCGGCGCCUUGCUGUUACAUCAAGCAACUAGCAACCUUCUCUAUCAGAAUGGCGAUAUUCUGGGCGCCAGCGGCUAUCUACGCAGAUUGUUCUCUGCGCCUACGAAAGAACUGCUCGCCUUCUUCACUGGCAUGGCUGCCAGCUACGUGCCACUGAAGGCACUAGCGCCACAAUUGAUUACCGAAUAUCCUGCUGUACAGAUCAGCCCACAAACUGCUGUUGUGACAGUAGCGAUCGGUGCUCUGGUAGGAUGGGGGACUAAGAUGUCAAAUGGAUGUACUUCUGGACACAUGCUGUGCGGUCUCUCCAGACUGAGUGGUCGCUCAGCAAUCGCUGUCGCUACGUUCUUCCCCACGGCGGUCAUAACCCGUCAUCUCGCUCACCCAAGCCUAUCGACCUCGGUAUGCUCCGGCAGUGCACCAUGCUACACACCCGUAUACCCAUCCCCGGAGACAACGGUGUCCCUUUUCGUGCUUGCUGUGUUCAGCACACUUGCUGCCCGAACGAUACCUGGACUUGUGGCCCAGGCCACAGUUUCGCCCACCACCAAAGACACCAAACAACAGCCCACUGACACGCACACUGCUGCUCGCCUUGUCACACAAGCCUUCUCGGGUCUUCUCUUUGCUCUCGGUCUCCACGUCUCGCAGAUGGCGCAUCCCGACAAAGUUGCAGCUUUCCUCGCUUUCCCGAACUUGCAACACUGGGAUCCGUCGCUUGCUCUAGUCAUACUCUUCGGCGUCUUGCCUAAUCUGAUUGAGAACCAGAUGAAAGGCUUUGACAGCUCACCAUCGUUUGCCGACAAGUUCUCGCUGCCUACGAAGACGUUAAAAGAUGUUGACAAAAGAUUCGUCAUGGGGGCUGCGGCUUUUGGUAUUGGCUGGGGCUUGACGGGAACGUGUCCUGGUCCGGCGGUGCUUCGAGUUUUCUUCCAGCCGGUUUGGGGAGUCCUGUGGAUCGGUGGGUUCUGGCUUGGAGGCAAACUGAGCAUAUAA